GGACUGGUAAAAGAGCUGGUUACUUUGUAAUGUAGUAUAGGGUAGGGACUUUUAUUAUUUUUUUUUAUUAUUAUUUUAUUAGGGGGCUUAGAUUAGGUGUAAUUAGUUUAAAAUUCUUGUAAUCCCGCAGCAACUAUAAUAAUUAUAUUAACCCCUAAACCCUCUGAGAGAUAACAUGAGGACAAACCCUAAACCCUCUGAGACAUAACAUGAGGACAAACCCUAAACCCUAUGAGACAUAACAUGAGGACAAACCCUAAACCCUCUGAGAGAUAACAUGAGGACAAACCCUAAACCCUCUGAGACAUAACAUGAGGACAAACCCUAAACCCUAUGAGACAUAAGAUGAGGACAGUCCAACAGACCCUAAACCGUAUGAGACAUAAGAUGACGACAGUCCGACAGACCCUAAACCCUCUGAGAGAUACCCUAAACCCUCUGAGAGAUAACAUGAGGACAAACCCUAAACCCUCUGAGACAUAAGAUGAGGACGAACCCUAAACCCUCUGAGACAUAAGAUGAGGACAGUCCAACAGACCCUAAACCCUAUGAGACAUAAGAUGAGGACAGUCCAACAGACCCUAAACCGUAUGAGACAUAAGAUGAGGACAGUCCGACAGACCCUAAACCCUCUGAGAGAUACCCUAAACCCUAUGAGACAUAAGAUGAGGACAAACCCUAAACCCUCUGAGACAUAAGAUGAGGACGAACCCUAAACCCUCUGAGACAUAAGAUGAGGACAGUCCGACAGACCCUAAACCCUCUGAGACAUAAAAUGAGGACAAACCCUCAGAAUUAAAUUGAAAAGUCUCUUAAAAAUGCCAGAACUAUGAAAGUUUAACUUUGAUUUUCCUGUCAUUUAAUUGCAGUGUAAAAUAUGAAUUAUAUUCAUCAUACCUUAAAAUCUAUUUCUCUGUGUAAAGGUUACUAUAUUAUAUAUGUUUGUCUUUACUUUCUCAUAUUAUUUCGUUUUUUGCUAAAGACAACUUCCCCCACGCACACAAUAACACCAACUAUGAUCUAACGGGAACUGAUGUGCCACAUUGUGACAUUUUGUGGUCUGUAUGUAAGUUCCUAGGGCGGGCCCCUGAAGUGGCUUCACACAGCGCUCUGCAGAGAGGCAAUAAACACAUAUGCUGUUCAGUGUAAGAAACUACAACUUUAGCAGAGUGAGAACAGAAGAAAGACCAAACAGGAAGUGUGUUUGAAAAACAGUCAAAAUUUAUGAUGAAAGGGUACUGGAUUCUCGGGCUCUUCCUUCUUCUGAAGUUUGAAGGAUCGAUGCCAGAGACGACAGCAGUUAAUGAGACUACCAUGGAAGAAUCAGGUUUAUUAAAUAUUUCAACCUCUAUGCCCCCAGACCAUGAGGUCCCUAUCACAUCCAAGAUCUCCAAACACUCAAUAGCUGGAAAGGUCUCUGAAACCAGCUCUCCUCUACGCACCCAGUUUGCAAACCAGAAUCUUGUCCACAAAGCCCAGGAGCUUGCCAUCACAACAGAGGAACCUGCCAGCACAAGCCAGGAACCUACCAGCACAAGCCAGGAACCUACCAACACAAGCAUGGUUGAUAAAUCAAGUCCAUCUCCUGUCAAAGAAGAGCUGCAAAACUCUUCCUCAUCAUCCAUUUCCAGUAUUCUAGAAACCACACAAAUGACGACAUCCAUGAGUUCUAACCUCAAUAAGAUAAAUUUUACCACUCAAUCCAUCAUAAUUUCAACUACUCAAUCUGGUCAAAACACAAUUGUUGUUAAUGGGACAGAGGAAAAUGAUUUUACCACAUCUGCUACUACAUCUGAUAAUGACAGCCAGAUGUCUAAAAGACCAUUAGGACAAACCACUUCCAAUAAUACUGAGACAAAAUAUGUGGAUGAUGACCCUGAGGAGACAACAACUGUCUCUAAUGAGAAUACAGGCUCUGGUAACACAAAUCCCAACAAUGAGCCUCCAGUUAGAAAACCUGGUUCUUUGUGGGUGCUAGUUCUGGUUCUUUUCAUUAUCCUAUGUAUGAUAUUAUUUAUUAUGAUUGUGUUGUUGGUGAGGAGGAAAAAAAGAAGUGGAUCUCAGACCUUCAAUAAGCGAAGCCGUAAGGGGGACAAAAAAGAUGUUUGGGCUGGUCAGGUGCCAGAACUCGUAGAGGGUAAACAGGCGGGUGAGGCCAAGGGGGCUGAGAAUGGAGUCACAGUACCUGUGUCUGAGGCCGGAAAGGAAGAAAAGCUGACCACAUUUGUGAGUGGUGAGAAGAAAUCUGAUUCAGUGAUAGAGAUGGAUGAACUUGCAAAAGAGAAGAUUCCAGAAGUGACGCAGGAGAAGGAUGUGAAAGAAGAAGACAUGGUUGCGAAAGGGGAGCAGACACCAUUGUUAGAACAGCCAGAGGUGACCCCAAAUGGUGAAGUAGAUGGAAAAGAUGAGCAGUUUCCCCUACCCCCCAUGGAACAAGAGUUGAUUGGAAAUACAGAUAAGACUAUAUAGAAUAAAGCAAGAGCUGGCUGAGUAGAUGCCAACACAGUUAUAUAGAGUCGCUGCCUCACCUAAAAAUGAAAGUGCUAUUUAAUAUAAGUGUAGUUAAAUAACUCUCCUUUUUCAUCCAAAAACUAUUUUUUUAAUGCAUUCACAUUUUUAACUAUACAAAAACUAUGAUAAAUGGUUAUCAAACGCCAGAACGUUUGUCUUUAUGACAUCAGUCCAACAUUGCUUAGAUUCCAAAGCUUCUCAUUUCUUGUUUGAUGUAAACCGAUGGCUUCUGUGUUCCUCCAUCAGAGACUGGAUCUGCUCUUGCUGUGACAAUAAGAGGACAGGAAUUCUUGGAAAGGAAAAAUUGGAAGAAUGACUUUGCGUUGUAUCUGUAAAACUACAGGUGGAUAAAACAUCGACAGAAUUGAUGGUUAUUUUUGGAAUUCAGCUAUCAGUGGAAUGUAAAUAACGGCUAUGACAACUAUCUACAAAUGUAAAUAAUGUACCCAGUAACAGAAUCUCCAGCGGUCUCAUAAAGUAACAACUCAGCCUUAUACAUACAGGGGUCAGUUAUGAGACUGAAGCUAAAUUUAAAGGAACAUGAAACCCCAAUUUUUUCUUUCAUGAUUCAGAUGGAGAAUACAAAUUUAAACAACUUUGCAAUUUACUUCUAUUAUCUAAUUUGCUUCAUUCUCUUGGUAUCCGGAAGAAAAAGCAGCAAUGCGCUACUGGGAGCUAGCUGAAAUCCAAUGACAAGAGGCAUAAAGGUGCAGCCACCAAUCAGCUGCUCCUGAGUCUCCAGCUUUAUUGGCAGAGAAAAUUAGAUUUUUUUGUUUGUUCUGCCACCAAUCAGCAAGCACUACCCAGGGUUCUGAACCAAACAUGGGCUGGCUCCUAAGCUUACAUUCCUGCUUUUUCAAAUAAAGAUACAGAGAGAACAAAGAAAAAAUGGUAUUAGUAGUAAAUUAGAAAGUUGCUUAAAAUUGUAUGCUCUGGGGGCCUAUCUAUCAAGCUCUGUAUGGAGCUUGAGGGCCCGUGUUUCUGGCGAGUCUUCAGGCACGCCAGAAACACCAGUUAUGAAGCAGUGGUCUAAAGACCGCUGCUCCAUAACCUGUCCGCCUGCUCUGAGGAGGCGGACAGACAUCGCUGCAAUUCAACCCGAUCUAAUAUGAUCGGUUGAUUGACACCCCCCUGCUAGCAGCCGAUUGGCCGCGAAUCUGAAGGGGGCGGCGUUGCACCAGCAAUUCACAAGAGCUGCUGGUGCAAUGCUGAAUGCAGAGAGCGUAUUGCUCUCCGCAUUCAGCGAGGUCUGUCGGACCUGAUCCGCACUAUUGUAUCAUCUCCAACAGGCCUUUCAUAAAUAGGCCCCUCUAUCUGAAUCAUGAAAGAAAUAAAAUUGGUUCCAUAUCCCUUUAACAUACUGUUACUGUUGAACCCCUGCAACUGCUUUGAACACAAGCAAAGUUUUGCUUAGGAGCCACAAGCAUUGCAGUUCCCAAAUAGGAAACUGUUGGUCAAUCAAUCUGGAUCAGACAUCAUAUGUACUCACCAGUAAUUGGCAGUUUCCAGCUCAGAAGCUGCAAGCUGCACUUUAACUAUGUGUUUAACACCUUUAAGAGGACUUAAUACAGUUACCUAGGGACGGUAAUAAUGCUAAAAUGUCAUGCCCUAGGCAAUAAGAGCAUGCAACUUUCACAUUAGACUGUCCCUUUAACAGAAUUGUCAGUGAGUGCGUGUGCAUGUCAUAGAACUUACUGAAGGUUUCCUGUGUGAUGACACUUUACCAUGAGUCUCUGUGAGCACAGCAAGUUCCCAGCCAACACAACCUUUUUUUUCAACUUUGUAAAAUCUUAAUGUGAAGAAGAAGAAAACAGUCUUCAGGAAGGAAGCAUUUGCUCAGUAAAUGAGACGUUUUAAUGAAAAAAUAAAGAACUUAUUUGUUACCACGUGUAAUGUUUUUCAGUAGAGUCUGGCGUAAUCUUUUUCAUGCAAUAAAAUAUUUUUAAUAUUUUAAAAAUAAA